AUGUAUGACUUUGGGGGGAAAUGGAAUGAACGGGGUUGGAGCGAAUUCGAUGGAGUGUUUGUGUGUGUGUCUGUGGGAUUUGCGCUCUUUUGGCUUUUUGUUCUGUUUGCUGUUAGGCAAUUGCUUCAAGCAGAGUACGUGGAAAUUCCUGUUUGGCGUUGCGGGUGGCGGGCGAUGAGUGGUGCAGGCUCGGAUUUCGCACUAGUGGCUCAACCGCGCGGCAACAAACCCGCCCUCGUCACAGACGAGGUCCUGUCACCGUUUUUGCAGCCGCGGCUCCGGUUGUCUUCAUCCGGCUCUGACGGCGUGCCGUCUGUUGUCCUUGUGGGUCCGUCACCGCCAACGCCGUUUUUGCUGUCGCAACGGGGGCAUCUGUCAAUGAGCGUCAGUAGCGCUGAGGGCGACGUCAAAAUGCCUGGAAAUUUGCCGCGCGACGAGGAGUCGCAUUUUCGACUGUGUGAGUCUUCUGGUGUUUUGUGUGCCGUUGAGACGCGGACUUCACGAAUGGGGAAGGGUGCGAUACCGGCGCAAAAAUCACCCACGUGUGUGAGCGGCUGCCCCCGCAGCCCCAGAACGGCCACUGGACGAGGCGAGGAGGCGACGGAAGCGAGAGGGGGCCCUGAAUAUUUUUCUCCAACGCGGGUUUACAAGAGCAACGGUGCCGCCGCGAAAAGCUUCAACGCAUGCACAAGCAAGACUAGAGGGGUUUCUCAGGUGACGUUAAAAAAAAAAUUGGACGAGGCUUCCGCCUCUCAGAACGGCGAUCGGCUGCUAAUGGAGAACGAUUUGGGGUCGAAAUUACGGCGGGAAUCAUCUGAGAUUUUAGCAGGUUCUCCCGGCUUACGCCACGUGCGACCUUUUGCGGAUUGCACCAACGUAAAUUGCGUUUCGAACGGAGGUUUGAAGGCACCCCUCAUGCCUGCUGGUAUCAACAGAAGUUAUCAUAGCCAACAAGAAGAAAAGCGCCCCAUUCAAUACCGAAAAGAUAGUUCGUUUUUUUCGUCUGAUGGCUUUAAACAAACGCUGCAGGCUCAGCUCUCUUCUCUCUCUUGUCCUUGUCCGUCGUCUGUCGAUGUAACAGAGGGGGAGAGGCGUGAAGCGCAACAAACAAGUGUACCUCGCAACAGCAGAAUGUGCGAUGCCACAAAAAAACACUGGGUUUUGGACGAUGACGGAGAAACCCAUGGGGAGGCCGAUGAAGAGCCUGUACUUCUUAGCGUUCUUAUUGAUCGGGGCUUGGGUAAAAUGUGUGAAGAGGAAGCCGAGUUUUGGAAACACCGCUGUGCUUUGGCCGAGGAACAGAUGGCGGUAGAAAAUCGAAAUGUUGAUCAUGAUGAUGAUGAAUUCCGCUCUUGUAAGACAGCACGGACAUUGCUGCAGCAACGUGUGGCUUCAACACCAGAUGGUAAGGGCCCCUCGCAACUUGAAUCACUUUCUCAUUGUUUAAACGAUAUACGCACCCAGCGUGUAGUGUCUAAGGGAGAAAUUUACUCCGUGAGUCAGAAGGUGGAAGUGGGCAAAAAAGGGGACCAGAAGAAUGAGGAAGAGGAGGAGGCAUCAAAGCAAAUAGAAGGGCGCCGUUUUGUCGCUUCCACCAGUCAAAAAAUGGUGUACCAGGACGAGUCGCCGAAAAAGACGGCCGAAAAGGAGAAUCAAUGGUUUUUAGAAAAAGAAUGUGAACAACUGCAAAGGAGUAUUGCACGUCUCCGCUCAGAGCACGAGGAUCUCAGAAGGGAAUUGGAAACUCAGGUCAUUCGCAGUGAAAAAUUAGAAAUGAGCCUUGUUGCGAAAGAGGAGCAGCAGGCGGCUGAGCGGGAGGAGUGGCUUUUGCAGGAAAAUAAAUUAAAGAAUAGACAGGAAAAGCUGGCGGCUGUCCUGCGCCAGGUUCAUCGACAUGUUUCCAGCACAGCCGAGAAACUUGAGCAAAGCGAAAAGGAUCUCGAGGCUUCCAGGAAGCGGUGCUGCGCUCUGGAGACUGAGUUGGCAGCAGCCAAGAUGGAAGUCCUGGGUUUGAAGGCUACUUGCACGGAACAUCUGGAGGAGGGCCAGCGAUUGCAGAAACAAUUGGAGCAACUCGAGUCGGAACUGCGGCCGUGCGACGCGAGCAUGAUGAAUACGAGCAGCAUUGAUGGAAGUGACAAGACAGCGAUAUAUAAGGGUGACAUUGGAGAUGGAACAGCAUUAACUGAUGUCUCGCGUGAGGACACGGAACGAAGAAUUCGAGCUGUGUUGCUUGCAAUGCGUCGCGGUGAAUCGCGCCAUGAGUGGAUUGCAUCAGAGCUAAUAGAUGCAGCAAAAGCUUUGGGAGGGAGAGAUGUGAAUAAAACAACAUUUUCGAAUGUUGACAAGGAACUUCGUCAAUUGAUGCAGUCACUAGACGUGCUGCUGAAGUUUAAUCCGGAAUCAUCUUAUGAUGUGUGGGACUUCCCACCAGUUGAAGACGAGCAGCUUGAUGGGCAGUUGACUGCUAUAAACGACGGGAACUCCAUCACUGAUUGUGUGAGUCGCGCCCAAGAGCGUGUGUCUCAGUUGGUAGAGUGGGCAAGUGCACUUCAGAGACGACAUUCUGAGCUGACGGAGGAGCUAGAGGUCGUUCGUGCCGAUCGGAAUGAACUUGUGGGGCGUCAAAACAAGGGAGCGCAACAUUUGCAGAAGCUGCUGCUUUCAGCCGAAGAAGAAAUGACGCGGCUAAAGGCUAUUUUGGGGGAGCGCAAUGAGACCAUUAGGAAACUUAAGGAGGAAUGGCGUUCUGCCGGUGAUUCAUCCAAGGAGCCGGCAAGAAGGGCCAGUGAAGGGCCUUUUGUGGCGACACAGGCCACCGGGGAUGAUGUUGACACUUUGCAUGGGGCGCGCACUUGCGAUUUUGAGCGUUUGAUAGAACACAUGGAGCAGCAGACGGAAAUAUUUGGGAAUUCGCUGGACGCGUUGCUUAUGGAGACUUUGGAAGCAGUGAAAAAAGCACAUGAGAAUCACUUGACGCAGGCAGAGUGGCGUAACAUUGCGUCUCCGGAACGACGGCGAGGUGUUCGCAAAGAGCGUGAUCUGAAUCAGCGAGCUCAGGAUGAAUCUCUUGACGCCUUGCGGUCGGAACUCAAAAGUGUGCGGGUGGAGCUUGCUGAGAAGGAAAGUGCAAUACGCACGCUCUUGCGGUUACAAAUGCGUCAAGGAGAAAAGUUGCAUCAGGAGCUGCGCAAUGAACCGGUACCGAAGACACCUGGAUCUUUGGGAAACUCGCCAGCGUCUUUUUGCCGAGUUCGGGCGUCGUCAACAUCUUUGGGUGGUGAAAAAUUUGCUGACGAUAUUUCUAAUGGCCCUGUUUUGGAUUCGCCCAAGGCUGCACCUCGCAGCGGAGGUGCUCUAUGCGCAACGGAGGAUGGGGUGUUGCACUUCCACAGUGCCGACCGAACGGGUACGGUACGAGGGACGUUAUCGUCGUUUGUGCCUGCUACUGUCUCUGGGCACGGGAAACCGAAUCAACCACGGCAUCAUCGUUCUCGUUCUCAGCAUAUGCCUCGGACGCAAUUUUGUUCUUUGUCGCCAUCUGGAGAAAUUGUUUCAGGCUCGUCGUCGUCAUCUGGCCGCUUUUCCAAUUUGCUCCCAAGGGAAGCCACGGAUGAGCAUCACAGUUGCAGCAAUAGAGUUCAGAGGGGUGUAAUGCGCAAACAUCAAGAGGUAUGGAUGCGCCAAGCCGAAAUGAUGGGAAUAUUGACUGAUGUAAGCCAAUAUGGUGCAUCGUCCUACCGGACAACUUCACUGCAGACAGAAAACUAA